CGGCGUCGUCUUUGCCUUGAUCCCUGAUGUCGACUCCGCAGUCUUCAUCUUCAGAUCCGGCCUCUUCUUCUUCGGAGACGCAGUACACGUACGCCGCAAGCUCAUACUUUUCGUCGGCCUAUCAGCCGCCGCAGCCCUACGUGGCCCUCAAAUGCAUUACCUACGUGGCGCCGGCGGCUGUUCCCGGCGCUACGGUUUACCCGCAGCCGGUGGGACCUGUUCCUGCUGUUUAUUCUUUUCCCCAGUACCAGCAGGCACAGCAGUUGUUCCAGAGGGAUGCACAGACAAUCACACCAGAAGCCCUUGAGAAUGUGAAAGCGGCUCUAGCAAGCAGUGAAACUGAACACAAAGCAGAAACUAAAAAGAGAGCUAUCCCCCGUAAAGCCGCUGGACAGUCUUGGGAGGAUCCUACACUUUCUGAGUGGCCAGAAAAUAACUACCGACUGUUCUGUGGUGAUCUUGGGAAUGAGGUGAAUGAUGAUGUUCUCUCCAAGGCAUUUUCUCGGUUCCCUUCCUUCAACAUGGAAAAAGUAAUCAGAGACAAAAGAACAGGCAAAACUAAGGGAUACGGGUUCAUUAGUUUCUCCAGCCCGGCUGAUCUGGCUGCUUCUCUCAAGGAAAUGAACGGAAAGUAUGUGGGAAACCGACCAAUCAAGCUACGGAAAAGCAACUGGAGAGAGAGGAUAGAUUACAACGCUCUGGAAAGACAGAAGCAUCACAGCCGUAAGAAAGCGAAGCAGCCGAGCGUUCUGCACAAGUGAACGUUUGCAGAAAUUGUACCCAUUUUUAGUGUAUAUGUACCAUAGUUGGGAAUAAUAAUAAUCAUCAGACUUCCUUCCGUCAUGUGAUGGUUAUAUCAUUAUUGUGGUUUUGGA